AUGGCCGGGAUUGGGCAGCAAUCUGAGGCGGGCAACAUGCCAUCGAGCAGACUCGGCUCGAGACGAGGCACGCCUGCUUUGUCGGGGAUCGAAGGCCUGUUCGGCACCGACGAGGCUUCGUCGAGCCGCAUGACAACGCGGCGGAAUACGCCCGCCAUGUCUGGGCUUGAGCGCGUAUACAACGAGGACCCGAAAGCGGCGAGCAGGGUUGUGUCGCGGCGCGGGACGCCUGCUAUGUCCGGACUUGGGGAGCUGUUCGACACCGAGGAGGCAUCGUCGGAAAGCGAUACGAGCGACGACGAACAAGGAGGAGCUGCGUUGAAGCACUGGGCCAACUCAUUCCACAUCACGCCGGUUCCCGAGCCCGAUGAUGUUCGCGCAGAGGCUACAGCAGCAAAGGACAAGGACCCAGGGAAGGAGAUUCGCAACGCACCGACGGCGAGGCGCAAUCAAGGUGUGAUGGCUUGGAGGAUCCUGCCGGGCUCCCAAGAUGUCAUUGAUUGGAUCAUGGGCCGAGGCCUGAAACCAGCAAGAGAGCCCCCAGCCCCAGAGCGACAGGAGCGCGUAAGCCCAGCCAGAGAGACGCAGCAGCUCGUAGGCGAGGAUUAUGUGGAUAUUGGGGAUAUCCAAGACAUAUGUCUAGCUUGCACAACGCCGUAUUGCCAAGGAGUAGAGUCGCUCCCUUUCAAGAGCAGUCUGAACUUGUCGUACAAUGACUGCGAGGCACACACGUGGUAUAUUGGCGACAAGUACAUCAUGGCCGAGAGGGCGGACGAUCAACCGGAAGAUAGGAGUGUACCGCUGGCUGACGCAACGCAGUUGCUAAAAGGUCAGGCCCGAGUGCCCGUCCCGAAUGUCAUAGCAGGCUGGAAAGAGCAUGGGAAGGUCAUCACCAUAUCCGAGCGUGUGCCGGGGAAGACUCUGUACGACAUCUGGUGGCAACUGUCGGAGAAGGAAAGGGGGGAUAUCGCGCAAGAGGUAGCCGGCUAUGUUGAUCUGUGGCGGGGGCUGACGUCGGACAAGUUCUCUAGCAUGAACGGCGGCGCGGUCUGGAACCACGACAAUCUCUUUGGGACGGGUCGGGAAGGGUUCGGGCCUUUCAGAGGUGACUAUGACUUCUGGCGGGCCAUCGAUGGGCGACUCCGGCAGAAGGCGGUCGACGACGACACCAUACAGGUACUCAAAGACUACGUGCCGGGAUCGAAGCCGUAUGUGCUGACGCAUGGAGACCUGUCCUGCCGCAACAUACUCAUACACAAGGGCAAGGUCUCUGCGAUCACGGGCUUUGACAACGCAGCAUACCUCUCCAUCUGGGCGGAGAAUGUGGCUGUCCACUUCUGUUACUGCAAGGAAGACGAGCAGUGGAAGUCGCUGCUGAGCAAGCACAUGCAGGGCUACCAGGCAGCACUCGACUGGUGGUCACUGUGGACAGCCGUGGAGGACAUGGAGCCGGAUCCAGCACGCAUCGACAUGCUGCGCGGUCGCUGUCAGCGAUGGAAGAAGACGGAGAUCAUCAAGGGGCCAUACUUGCCCGAGUCGACCGACGACGAGGAUGACGAUGAUGCGCUACCUCGUCAUCGAAGGCCCGAAGACACGGCGUCGAAGCUGGAAAUGACGUUACCCCCGCGCCGUGGCGCCUUCAGGGUGGUCAGCGACGAAGCAGCCCACAUCAAGGCGUCCGAUCAAAGAUAUCGCAAGGCGAUUGAGGAAUCCCUCAUGCAGGACGAGGAGUACCAAAAGCUGCGCGACGAGGGCAGAUCGACCGAGAGGGUUUUUGCCAGCGACGACGAAGAAGAAAACGAAGAGCACGAGAAGGAGAGGAAGGAUCGGUUGCAGCGGGCGCGUGAACUGGAGGCCAGCAGAUUAGGCCGUAAGCCGGCGCCGCUGAACAACCUACCAGACAGGAGGCGAGCCGGAGCCAGAGCCAGAGAAGACUCGUCCGACGGCGACUCGGAGGGCCGAACCGAGCUCCCGCGCCUGGGGCUACGAAGAGGGCGGCAUAGGCACCCGUUAGCCGGACCGCCCGAGACGUUCCCGAUGCAGACAAAGGGUCUUCGGCCCCUCAGCCUGCCGUCGUACUCGCUCUCGGAAAGCAUCAAGGAAAAGCUCAGUCGGGCCGACGACGGCGACGCGGCAACCCGCGAGGAGACACUCGCCAGGACGCUGCGCUCCCUGUCCUCGAUCCAGGAGGGCGCCGCCGGCACGGAAGAGGACUCGAACCCGCCUCGCGACAUCUCGGUGGCGGCGGCGUCGUCCCGCAAUGACCGCAAGCGGCAGUCGAUGUUCAAGGGCAAGAACGCGCCUGGCUCGUUCUAUGCGGCUCUGCGGGCGGCGGCUGAGUCUAAGCGGCCGCCGCGGCGGAGGAGGUCUGAGGAGCGCACGCCGGUUGAGGAGAGUGGGGAGCUCGGCGGAGCAGCGCGGCCGCGGCCUUGGAGUAUGUUGCCGCCGGUUCAAGGCGCGGGUUUGGGGGAGCAGGCUGAGGUGCCGUUUGGGCGCGCUCAGAAGACUGGCGUCCCUGACGGUAUGGGUCAGAAGGAGUCGUCUGAGCAGCUUAAGGAGAGCGGGAGUACCCGGCCAGAUGGGGCAGCCUGA